AAAGAUUCUAAGAAAAUUCUUAGAUCUCAUACUUAAGUAGUAAAAAAAUUCUUAGCUAAGAAAAAUACUUAAGUAUUAAUUCAUAAAAAUGUUAAGCAUAAUUCUUAACUAAGUUUCAAUCUUAGAAAAAUGAAACACUUAAGUAGAAAUUCUAUGGCAACGCGAACGAUUUCCCGGAAUUUUUACCGCACUCUCCAGCAAAAGAGGUAAAAAGUUGAGGAUAGUGAUGUCAACAACAACAUCAUGGAAUCCAAGCAGACGAAAAGAAAGCCUAAUUGGAAUGCUGAUGAAACGCUUGCCUUGGCUUCGUUAGUAGAAGAGAACAAGCAUAUCCUGAGGGGGAAAUUAGGGCCCACUUUAACCUCCGAGAUGAAGCACCGCACUUGGCAAAGUAUUGCCGAAAGACUAGCCGCGAUGGGGGUGGGUCCAGCUAGGACAGCGGUGGAAGUGGAGAAGAAGUGGCACAACGUCUUCUCCAAAUCUAAAUCUGAAAUCUCAGAUCACAGAAGAGUUGUGACUGGGACAGGCGGGGGCCCACCACCAAAACCUCUCAGCGCAGUUGCCACAACAGUGUGUGGUGUGGUAGGAGAGGAUAAUGCUUGCCUCAGUGGGAUUGAUGGUGGGAUUGACUCCUCUCUCUUGCAGAUAUUAAACAUUGGAGAAGGGAGUCAACCAGUGGGAAUCAAUGUCUUUGAGGGACCUCCUGGUAUGGAUCCCCUCAUUCUCAACUCUAGCCCUCUAGUCGCCGCAUCUGUACAAGAGCCUUCACUACCAUUAACAUCCAUGACUACAAGUUUGCAGGCCUCUGAAAAUAGAAGCAGUCAGUCUGAUUUGAAAAGGAGAAUCGAGGAGCUAAUUUGCAGGAAGUUGGAACUGGAAGUCCAGUAUAUGGAAUUAAAGAUAAAAAAACUAAAGCAAGAGGAAUGAAUUUUAUUAGCUCACCUGAGCCGAAGGCUCAAGUGAGCUUUUCUGAUCAAAAUUUGUCCGUUGUAUGUCGUCGUCGUAAACUUUUCACAUUUUUCAUCUUCCUCUCAAGAACCACUGGGCCAAUUUCAACCAAACUUGCCACAAAGCAUUCUUAGGUGAAGGGCUUUCAGGUUUGUUCAAAUGAAGGGCCAUGUCCCUUUCCAAGGGGAGACAAUCACAAAAAUGCAAAAAUAGAGUGGGGUCAUUUAAAAAUCUUCUCAAGAACCAUUGGGUCAGAAAAGCUGAAAUUUUCAUGAAAGCUUCCUGACAUAGUGCAGAUUUAAGUUUGUUCAAAUCAUGGCCCCCAGGGAUUGGAUGGGGCCACAAUAAGGGAUCAAAGUUUUACAUACUAAUAUGUAGGAUAAAUCUUUAAAAAUCUUCUCAAGAACCACUGAACUAGAAAAGCUGAGAUUUACAUGAAAGCUUCCUGACAUAAUGCAAUGUGGCCCCUGGGCCUCUUGUUUAUAUUUAAAAGCAUUUUAAUUGAUGUACUAUAUGUACAUGUUCUUAUCUCAUCUGAGUGAAAGGUUCAAGUGACCUUUUAAAUCUGAUCAAACUCUGUCCAUUGUCUGUUGGCACACAGUUGGGCCACAUGAAUA